GGCUCUUCCAAGUCUCUUCUCCCCAGCGAACCGUCAACUCGCCAGAGGCUAACGUUUGGUAUCACAAAAGGGACCGUCGCACCUUUUGAUGAUCACACAUCUCUUCCACCACUCUCAUGUUGCGCUGCAACUUUGUUUGAUCAACAGGCAGCCGUGUGAUACUAUAUAUACUGUCCUGAUGAAGGACGGGUUCCAACACCCCUUCCACCAGAGGUCACCCCAUCAUGUUCUUCCUCAGACUUUGCUCCUUUCUUUUCGUCUCCCAACUCCUUGGAUUAAGCAGCAAAACACCUACCUUUUACGUCCGUGCAGCCGCAGUUACCGCCCUUACUGCCGACCAGAUCACAGCCUACAAGCCGUACACAUUUUUUGCUGGUGCGGCGUAUUGUCAACCCAGUACUACUCUCCAUUGGGACUGUGGAUCUCUUUGCGCGGGAAACUCGGAUUUCAUCCCAAUCACGUCUGGCGGAGACGGAAACGACGUACAGUUCUGGUAUGUUGGGUAUUCACCAUCACUAUCUACGGUGAUCGUUGCUCAUCAAGGCACUGUUGUCACCAAGAUCGAAUCUCUGCUCACCGACGCUGACUUUCUGCCUACCAAUUUGGACCCUAACCUUUUCCCGGGGCUUAGUUCACAUAUUGAAGUUCACAGCGGAUUCAAGGAGACCCAGAAAAAGUCUGCGGAAGAUAUCUUACAAGCUGUAACAACCGCUUUGUCUGAUCACAGCUCCAACAGUGUGACUCUUGUCGGACAUUCCCUAGGCGGUGCACUGUCGCUCUUGGAUGCUGUAUAUCUACCUCUCCAAUUGACGAAUGCAACAUUCAGGAUGAUCGGCUAUGGCAUGCCUCGUGUUGGAAAUCAAGAAUUCGCAGACUACGUAGAUUCUGCUCUAGGUGGAAAUCUCACACGCAUCAAUAAUAAACAAGAUUUCAUCCCGACGUUACCACCGAGACUCCUGGGUUUCCACCACCCUUCCGGCGAAAUUCAUAUCAACAACAACAAUUGGAACUCUUGUCCAGGGCAAGAAAACCCCUCAGAUGAAUGCACUGAUGGUGCAGUUGAGACCAUUUUCUCUGGCGAUGUAUCUGACCACGCCGGUCCCUAUGAUGGAAUCAUGAUUCGCUGUUAAAUAUUCUUAUCCUCUUUUCCUCGGUAUAUAGGUUCUGGGUGCAAUAAAAAAAAGCUUGAUUAUUCAAAAAUGAUUGUCAGGUUAUGUGCGACUGUAAGAGGGUAAUUCCUCGUCAAGACCAUUCCCGCUACCUGGGUAGCCAAGUCUCCCAAUAAUUCCGUCGAGCUUCCAUUGCCACUCGUUCCCUUCGGGCCAUUUGACCAGCUCGCCACCAAAGUUCACUUCAAAAUCGCACACCCCUUCCACGCCGAUGGCCGCGAAUAC